UCAGUUUGAAAUUCCAUUUAGUAAGCAAUCAGACCUCGUAGACUCCGGACGGACGAAGUAAUCUUUUUAUAAAAGUAUAUUUUUAUAGACAAGCACUCCAUAAAUUUUGUAUACCUUUUUCGUAUCUAUCGGGCGUUCAACUAAAUUGAAGAUCGCUUCAAUAACCAAACUUCGAUUCGAUUGUGUGUCAAUAGUAUGGAAAGACUUGAUCGUGAAUUAGCACUCGAAUUACCUCAAAACAUGAAUUUAGAUUCAAUCGCUGCACAUUUCUUCAAUAGCCCAGAAUCAGAGUCACAGACCGAUACCGGCAGUUCGGUUUUGUCGUCGUCUUCUAGGACUGUCCAUCAGCUAUUUAACGAAACCGGCAGAGCUACGAUCACCGCCGCCGUGGCUGAUCUACAUCAACCUUCAAGUCGAUCGCUUGUGUCUUCGACGUCAUCUUCAACGUCGGUCGGAAAUCAAUUUUUUCAAAAGAUCGGUGAAACUUUAUUUGGUUUUGGUGGUGGAAGUAGUGCGUCAGCUGUUCAUAGUAUCCGCGGUGUUUCGAAUAGUGAAUUAUCAUCCGCCAGCCACAACAUGGACAUUCUUCGAAAUCACAUAGUAAUCGAUUCAGCUGAUUUUGGAACAUCAGCAACGACAAGUGCCGCAAAUGAACUUCAACAGCAGCUGGAGUACGACAAGUUCAUGAAUGAAAUAUGGAUUGGCAUUGUUUUGACCCUGAUUAUCAUAUCGAUGGUGUUUUGCAUUUGUUCGUGUUUCUUGUAUCAUCAAUUUAGACAAUGGAAGCGGAAUUAUCGUCAUAACCUCCAACAGACACAAGAUAUCGAAUCGGUUAAACUAAAUCCCGAUGCUGAUGACCCAGUUCCGGAAUAUACAUUGGUUUCUGGUCUACCAUCAUAUGAGGCUGCUCUGGAAUUAAUGCAAAAGGCAGCAACAGCAACCCAUCACAGCAACAGCAACAGUAGCAAUAACAAUGGCUCCUGCUUAAUUGUCUAUCCAUCGGCAUUAUUCGGUGCGUUCAUGGUGAACGAGAAGGAGUCACUUUUAAUGUCCAAGGCCCAAUUCCUGCAGUCACAAGAACCACCAUCAGUAGCAGCAUCGGCAGCAGCAACAACAAUAACAACAUCAUCAUCAGGAACAGAAGCAACAAUACCACAAUCACCAUCAAUUGGUGGUGGGAUAACAGCAGCAACAACAUUGUUGACGGCAGCGACAACGAUGUCAACGACGACGACAAAGAGAACAACGAUACCAAGACCAACAAUGACAGAGAAUGUCAAGUGUCAAAAUGCAGCUCGUUUGGCAUCGUUGCAACAUUAUUCGAUACCAAGCUACGAAGAAGCGAUAGGUUGUCAACCACAGCAACAACAACAACAACAACGACCAAGUGAUACAUCGGAUACAAUGUCAUGUGUGAUGAAAUCACCACCACCAUCAUUACCACCCCAAAAUUGGUCUGAGGACGAUACCACGAAAGUUUUACUUAUCAAGAAGAAGGACCAAAAAUAAAAGGAUUCUUUUCAAAAUAAAGAAGAGACAAACGAGAACUGAAAAAUAAAAAAUAAAAUCGACUGACAGUAGUUAACCUCAUUCCUCUCAUCAUGAUGUGCGUGACCCCAUUUUCCCCAUUGAAAAAUAUCCUUAUAAUUGUUGCUGUGUUUUUAAAAAAAAUACUUUUUACGUAUUUUAUUUUCGCUUGAGAUCUGUGAUUAUUAUAAUAAAAAAUAUUUAUUUACAUAUUUUUGUUAUUUAGAAAAUAAGAAAAUUUAAAUGUAAACAUAAUUUUUAUUUUUGUAUAGAAUUAAGAGAUAAUGUUAACUAAUUUUAGAUAAGAUUAAGAGAAAUAGUUAAUCUUAAAAGUAUUCCAGUGUUAACAGACUGAAAUGAAUUUCCUGUGAGAUUUACACAGUUAAUUUUUUAAAAAUAAUAAAGAUAAAAAUACAAUUUAUUACAAAUAAU